AUGACAGCAAAGCUGGAGGUCUUAGCCAUGGUCCUGGGCUCUAUUGGCCUCCUUGGGACCAUUCUAGCCACUGCCCUGCCAAUGUGGAAGGUCUCUGCCUUCAUUGGAGCAAAUCUCAUUGUCAUGGAGGAACUCUGGGAGGGCUUGUGGAUGAACUGCUACAGACAAGAAGACUUCAGGAUGCAGUGUAAGGUGUAUGACUCAGUGCUUAUUCUGCCAACAGAGCUGCAGGCAGCCAGGGGGCUUAUGUGCACCUCUGUUAUCGUGGUAAUCCUCGCCCUCUCCAUCACAGGAUGUGGGACCCGAAAGUGUAAGUGUUGUGUUGACAACAUGAAGAGCAAGAACGUUACCCUGGCUUUAGGUGGCUGUUUUUACCUGCUUUCCUGUUUGACAACACUAAUCCCUGUCAGCUGGGUGGGCCACACAAUCAUUAGAAAAUUCUACAAUCCGACAAUGGACGAUUCUCAGAAACGGGAGCUGGGGGAGGCCCUCUUCAUUGGCUGGGGCACAUCGGGAAUUCUGCUGAUUACUGGGAUCAUUGUUCUGUUCUGCUUCAGCAAACGUAGAUCAGAGGAAGAGACCUAUGCCGACGCGUAUCUUAUGGCAGGGAGGGAUGAAAAGAAGGAGGAGAGCGUGUAUCUGCAAAGGACUCCAUCCAGCUCUUAUAAACAUCAAGUAUAUGUGUAA